AUCUUUCCACCGCUCUCACGGUUCGCUUUCUGCGCUUCCUGUUUGAUAGCGAAGUUCAUUUUAGGAAUUCCUCUGUAAUGGUAUUACUUGUCUGUUCGGCUAAUUCACCUCUGCAUGCUCCACGGCUAACAUGGAAGUGAGAGCUUCUUGGCCAUGGAGUCUUCUAUUAUAGAUGGGUCUGCCGAGGCGGAUGCUGGCAGCACACAGACCACUGGUUCUUGUGCUAUAAACAGCAGCACCAAAGAUUAUGUUGAGCCGGUGCCUCCUAAGGAUGAUGAUCAGCCUGCGAAGGAACCGCCAGAGGCCGACGGUGACCAAGCUGCCUCACAAUGUCCAGCCAUAUCUGUCGAUGAAUCAUGUCUAGUCAGUGUGAGUGAAAAACCCAGUGCCUCCGAGUGCAAACAGACCAACAGCAGUUCCCCUCAGUCGCAUAACUGCCCACUCUUAGAUGCACUCCAGAAGGACUCUGUUCAAGUGCCCACCUCACCAGUGGCCGCACUGUCAGAAGUCCCUGCUCUCAACAACGAUGGAGUCCAAGCGCCAAGCUCGACACAGUCUUGCAGCAGGACUAAUACGAAUAACCCUGCGAGGGAAAAUGCUGCUUCCAUGUGCAAGGUUAUUUCUGCACAGAGUGCCGAUGUGGGCGGACCUGCUGUUCUGCAGAUCUCAAGCAGUCACAGCUCUCCCGAGGUACGACUCCUCACGGACCCCUGUGCCAGCUCCGAGUCUGACAGUUCUUCGAGGCACUGUGAAAGGCUGGACAAGAAAGGGGAGUCGGGGGGACUCUCCUUAUGCCGGUACUCGUCAGACUCGCACCUGCCACAGUGUGUUCGAACACCUACAGAGCUUUCAUCGUGCAGUCAGGAAAGUGAUGACAGCGAUGCUUUGCUCUCGGAACUUGAGUCUGAGCUAGAGGGAGUGGAGGGCUCUGACUCGUCUAAACAUGCAUGGGGGCUCCAAAAUGGCUCUCAAGCAGGAACAUCAAGGUGCAAAAGGUGUGCCCUCAACUAUGACCUUAUGGAAAAGUUGGAACAGACCAACUUCGAGCUUCAGCAGCAGCUCAGAUAUGUCAGUGAGAAGACAUCGGCCCGCGAAGCUGAAAGCAUGCGUAUGCUUGCUGAAGCACGGGCUGAACUGCUGUCCAAAAAUGACAAGUUGGCCAAGCAUCUGGAGAUGGUGACAAAGGAAAAAGACACUAUGGUAGUAAAGUAUGCAACCAGUGAAAAGGAAGUUAUUCUGGCACGAAGGGCCUUGGAGGACAUGGAGAAGAAGUACCGGGAAGCAGUCAAAGAUCGAGACCAGCAUUUCAGCCGAGUGCGCUCCCUCAACAAUGAGCGUGCCCGUCUUUGUUCCAGCCUUGACACCAAGUUAGCAGACAUGGCAAAGCUUCAGAAAGAGCAGGAGAGGCUCAAGGAGGAAUUAUCUGCUCGAGACAUCAAGAUCAAGUGGGCUCAAAACAAGCUCAAGACAGAGGUGGAUGCCCACAAGGAGACACAGGCAAAGCUGGAACAAGCGCAGCUGCGGCUACGGGACCUGCGUGAGGAGGCGGAGCAAGUGCGACGAGACUGUCAGGAAAUGAUCAGGCGCUACCAGGAGUCCGAAGAGAUUAAGUCCGUUUCCUUGGAUCACCAGCUGAAGGAAAAGCUGUCCGAGCUUGAGGAGCAAAAGAUGGAAAAAGAGAGCCAAGAAGAGGUUUACCAUGUAAUGAAGCAGGAACUGGAGUCGCUGAAGAGGAAACACAAGUUGAGCAUUGAUGAGAACAACAACCUCACUAUGAAGAUACACAACCUCGAGAAGGAACGCCUCGAAUAUGAGCAGACAUUGAGCAAGCUCAAGGAAAAGCUCAACUCCCUAAAACAGGAGAUUGUAGAUCUUAAUGGGAAGCUUGAUGAGAAGAGGAAUGUGGAGCUUCAGCUGGACAGGGAGCGAGAGAAAGUAGUGGCUUCGCAGCAGGAAGUAGAGCGACUGCGGCAGUCGGCUGCUGAGAUGCAAGCUGACAUGGAGGCCUGUCAUCUAAAGGAGGGAGAGCUGCUGGAGUUCACAGAGCGCCUGACCACCAAGAGUGUCCAGCUACAGUCUGAGCACAGCCUCCUAGAGCUCAAGGCCCAGAACCUAGAAGAGCAGAAUAGCAAGCUGACACAGGAAAUUGCGCAGCUCAAGAAGCAGAAUCGAGACCUGGCAUCUAGUCUUGAGGCUGAACAGAAGCAGCGUCAGCAAGAAACGCAGCUUCUGGCACGCAAGCUAGCUGAAAAGACCAAAACAAUUGAAAAGUUGACAACACAAGUUCAAGAUGCUGAGAAUGAACAAAGAGUGAUGAAGAGACGGCAUAUUUCAAGCAUCAAGGAGCUGUCACGAGAGCUGCAGUUGACCAAGAAGCGCCUUGAGCAGCAGCAGGAUGCCCAGGGUAGCCCUCGCCAGGGCUCUGCGCCUGAACCUCUUGGCUUGGGCUCGCGCACCAGCUCCACAGCAUCACUGGAGACCCUGGGGUCAGGGCCAAGCCAGGUGGCAAGCAACCAUCCCACAGUCACCUUCGUCAAUGCAGGGAGAACCACUGUUCCGCCCAAGGAAUCACGCUUGCAUGCUGCUGCUGUGACUGUGCUGAAUGGUUCCAGUCGAAGCUGUGUUGGAAGUCCUGGAGCAUCUGGUGCAAGCAGUAGUGGAUCACCUGAACAUGCACAGACAGCCCCUGCACAGCUUGAGUUGGACAAGCAAAUGCUAGUGGAACGCAUUGUACGGCUACAGAAGACCCUUGCACGGCGCAAUGACAAGAUUGACUUCCUUGAGGAACACAUCAAGCAGCUGCUGCUUGAAAUGAAAAAGAAAUCCAAGAUAAUCCAGAAUUAUAUAACAAGAGAAGAAUCUGGUGCAUUGGUUCCCACCAGCAUGGACUGCAAUAAGCUGUUGGGAAAAAAGCAAAAGGCUGAGAUCUCCAAGAAAGGGGGCAUUAUGGCGUCAGUGUACAAUAGCCAUGCCGUUGACACAACUAUGACAUUGGAGCUGUCCCUUGAAAUCAACCAAAAGCUUCAGGCAGUCCUUGAAGAUACAUUACUGAAAAACAUCACCCUUAAGGAAAAUAUCAACACACUUGGUGAGGAGAUAGCAAGGCUAAGCAAGGACUACCGCCUUGUUGAUGCAACGCAGUGCCGGCUGAAAUGAAAGAAGUGAUUGUAUGUUUUAGUUGCGGCACCUGCUGACUACCUCACGCCAAAAUGAGGCUGUGGGAAUCGGCCCUUUUAUACAUAGUCUAGUUUGGCAGUGUCUUUUUCCACUCUGACACCUUGCAAAAUUGUGGCUAAGAAUGCAAACCAGGCCUCUGAGCUUUAUUGUGCAGUAGGAUGUGAAUUUUCAGGCAUUGAGUUGGCUGUACUGCCGUUCUAUUUUGUUGUCAACUUUCACUGUACAUUGUCACAUCUUUGUGCCACGUGCCUUGGUAGAAUGUGUUAAUGAGGCACGAACAGGCCAGCUUGCGCAGAACUCCAUUGCACCCAUGUUACACACCAUCAUCAUUCAAUAACUGUUCUUGUGUGUAGCUUAGUCAAUCGAAUCUGGUGUUCACCUUUUUCACCUGUAUUGUGCAUGCUGACGGUUGAUUUGUGCUUUUCUCCCAUUGAGAAGGAACAUGUUUCUGUGUCCACCAUUGAAUUGCAACUGUUAUGAACACUUAUGUUCAGAACAUCUUGGCUGUUGUAGUGCUGAGUUUGAACAGGACUGUUCUUUAUAUUUGGUUUGGUUGGAAUGGCCCCUGCUGUCUUUAUUCUGUGCAAAUUAGGUACUCUUUGUUGGACUUCUAUUAAGCAGCUUCGCACAUUUUCGAGAAUGUGUUUUUCAAAGCAUCUAUAUCCCCCUUUUGACACUGUUAGCGCUAUGCUGCACACCUAUAUCGUUGCAUGAUCGCUUACUAGUUUUUAUAUAUGUAUACUAAGUAACUG